CUCCUCACCCUCGUCUCCCCACCUCCCACCCACCAACCCUCCGGCUCCGGAAAAACCUCCCUCAUAACCCACAUAAUCGCAACCGCCCUCUCCACCCCCACCCCUUCCUCCGCCAUCAUCCUCAUCGAUCCAUUGCAGCACUUCAGCAUCCCCCUCUUAACCGCCACCCUCCUCCGCCUCUUCACUUCCACCUCCUCCCCACCACCCCCACCUUCCACCCUAAAAACCCUAGUAAAAAACGCGUUGCACCAUUUACACAUCCUACACCCGCCCACCUUCCCCUCCUUAAUCUCAACCCUGCGCUCGUUACCUACCUACCUCUUCUCCCCCUCCCUACACCACAGCACGCACAGACGAAUCCACUCCCUCAUCCUCGACGACACCGACGCUUUUCUCCCCAGCAUCCCACCAUCAACAACAUCCGCGUCCGCAUCAGCGACACUAUGCUUCCAUCUCACAAAUCUUGCAAAGUCACUUGAUUGCGCACUGAUAACGAGUACGCGGUCAACGAGUCCAAAGUACUUCCGUCCCGCGCUGCCGACGUCCUGGCCCAGAGAAGGGUGUGAAGUGCGGAUUGCGCUGCGCAAGGUUGAGGCGAAGAAAGUCGGGGCGGGAAUGAGUGUUGAGGAAGCGGAAGCUGAGAGGGACAAGGAAGAGAGGGGGAAUGGAUGGUGUGAAGGGUGGAGGGUUGGGGGUAGGGAUCAUGAAGGAGGAGGAGGAGGAGGAGGAGGAGGAGGAAGAGGUAAGGGGUUAGUGAUUAAGAUUGAUAAGCAAAAAGGAGUUGAGAUAGGUGAGAAGAAAUAA